UUUCUCUCUUCUUUCUUUCUUUAUCUAUUUUUAUAAUCUUAAACUUAUUGUGAAAUAUGAACCGUAACAAUCAAACAGCAACCCAUUCAUCCAUUGGCUCUUAUUCCUCGUCCUCCGUCAACCGUGUUCGUGUCGGUGCUACUGAAGAUAUUAGUGCUUCCACCCCUGUUGAAAAUCUUAGUUCCAGCGUAUCCCAUCAUGCCGUGCGUGAGCGCCAAGAGUAUGACUCUGAUUCUGAUUACCAACCUGAUCCCAAUGACUCGGAUGCUAGUGAAGUUGAAGAAGAUGAAGUCGCCCGUGCCUUGGAAGGUUAUGAAUCUGAAGGUUCCGAAACAGAAGUUUUUGACGGCGAUCUUUUGAACAAUGAAGAUGAUCUCGAUAACGAUGAUGACAUUGUUGCCAACCAUGGUUCUUCAGUCGAAAUUAGUGAGGAAAAUGAAGUAACCAUGCCAUUUGCCGAAUUCGUUGAAAAGUGUGCCGCUGCUACCUCCAUGACUGAAAGACUUGAUUUAAUGUUCAACGGACAAAUUACUACCAUUGACAACGUUCAAAAAAAAAUUAUUGUCGAUUUGGAGACUGAUUGUGAUAGUCCUACCCUUUGCGAAGUAAACAUCGAUGCUUUUAUUUCUUACCCGUUGAAGGAGUUGCCAAUCAUGCCUAAAACUCGUUUGAAGCUGUCUUUGAGCCCCAAUUGGAAGCAUGCUUUGACUCGUCUGGACUUCGGGCACUUCACGUUUCGUGGUGAGAGGGACUAUGUUAAAAAUUACCCGCAUACUUUGCUUUUGGACGCCUUUUCGGAAGCAUGCAUGAAUAUUCAUGUGCUCUUCCCGAACAUGAAAAAAAUGAAGCUUGGUGUAAGCAAUGCCAGAAGAAUGUUGGGUUCCGCUGCUCAAAAAACGUUUACCGACCGACUUCUGGUUCCCGCUAUUCGACGUGUCUUGAUUUGUUCUCGUGCGAAUCGAUCUGGUGGAUCUUAUGGCGAAGCCAUUGGUACUGGAUUUCACAUGACAUUGCCCAAAUUUUUGCUUGGUUCGGAGCUUAGGCUCUUAGUCAAGUCUAUGCGUGACAUUGCAAAGGAGAGUGCGGAUUUGGCGCCAUAUCGUCAUUUUGUUUUUGUGGUUUCUUCUUUCGGGUUCAAAAGCCCAAUGUAUGGUCCGGAUCACACGUCCAUUCUAGAUACCAUGGUUGACUGGUCCCAACUUGACCCUCGAAGAUGCCUUGUAGACAUUGGCUUGAAUCUGUUUGCCGAAUCCGAGGAUGGCCGACCAUUGGUAUCGUUUGUCAAAGAGGAAAAGGUCCAAGCUAUGGGAAAACUUUUUGGAGGUCCAACCAUAAAGACCGAUUUUUAUGGAAUGUCUUUGGGUUCUUUUGGUGGCUUCUCCGGGAAAGGUCGUUCCGGUAAUGUUUUUACGCCUUCGAAAGUAAUGGUGUAUAAUGACAUCAAGUAUCCGUUUACGAUGUCAAAUCCUGGUGUAAACGGAAAGGUGUCCGGUCCAUGGAUACCCGAGGAAAUGAGAAAUACCUUUCGUCAUCAUGAGGGUCGUCAUUUAAAGAACAUGAUGGUAUAAUGCCCGUGUUUCCGAAUACCAAGGCCACCAGUUUACUACUCGUUUGGAGGUUCGUGUCCCGGCGAUCUCAGCUACUACGGCUUACGUGGACGUCUUGGUCGCAAAGUUGAAGUAAGUUUUUCUACAGG